AAGAAGGUAAUGGAUUCCAAUUUGGUGUUAAUACUAUUUUAAACAUUUCAAAUUCGAAAUCAAAAGACGAUAUAAUUCUAUCGCUAAAUAUCGAAGUUUGACUAGCCAAGAAACAGUUUUAGGCAACCAAGACGAACCCUCGAACAACAAUGAAACGUUGCGUUGAUGAGACGAGUCAUUCGGUAUCUUUCUGUAAAUUUGAAAGCAUUUCGGCUGAUAGAAAAUACAAGGAACAAAAAUUAAACGAAAUAAUAGCUGCUAUCUGCGCCAUGCUUAACAGCAACGGUGGAAAAGUCAUCUUGCAUAACGAGUGCGAGUGCGAGAAAGUCAAACGUUUACCACCCUUGGUGAUUCGAAUACUGGAACAAUCUUUGGUAUCUAUCAUUGGAACACAUCAGACCGUGUCAAAAAUUGAUUUCAAGGAAGAUAAACAAAGGCAAAGCAUAGUCAUUUUAAUCCAAAAGGCUGACUUUUUAGUAACGGCUAAUUAUAAUCUUUAUUUACCGAGUCAGUCGCAAGUUAUACUGGUAUCUCCUGUAGAACAACUAACAAAAGUCAAGGACGAUAUUAUAUGUAGAAAAGUCGGUCCGCAAGCAGAUCAACUUGGCUCACACUGGAAAAUAUUUUGUAAAGAUACAAACUGUGAUUUACAGGAUAGCAAAAAUGUUCAGUUAAAGCAUCUAAAAGCAGUUGCAUCAAAACGUGCCACACUAGCAGAUCGUAUGACAGGUAAAGGUAAUAAAUUCACUUGCUAUGUUUCAGCGUUUGCCAACCAUAACGGAGGUCACAUCUACUAUGGUAUCAGAGAUGAUGGAGUUGUUGAAGGAGAGUUGAUUCCAAACGAGCAGGACAAGAAUGAAAUAACAAAGAAAGUGGAGAAAGCCAUCAAGAAGUUGAUCUGGCCUGAGAAGAUUGGUCAACCAAAACGAGGGGAACAAUGGGAAAUAUUCUUCGAGCCAGUGGUAGAUAAAAACUCCAAGGCAAUCCCAUUAACCGUUGUGAUCGUGAUCUAUAUCGCUCUUUGUCUGGGCGGUGUGUUUACUGAGGAACCAGAAUGUUAUGAAAUGGUGGAGGGGAAAGUUAAGAAGAUGUCGUUUGCUACUUGGAAGAAGAGAGUAUUGCAACUUGAUGAUGUAGGUAUUCCUGUGGCAGUACAACGGAUUGAAUGGGGCUCAUCUGCGACAGAACGUCAUUGCUCUAAGGCUCGUGAAGUUUUAAUGACGGCCAUUAAUAAUGGCAAAUGGAAAAUGUUUUCAAAAUAUGCAAAAUUAUUCGAAAAUAAAUAUCCUGAAGUUGAGGUGAAGCUAAUGGUUUUGUCAAGAAGACUGAUAGUGAGUUACCGGCAAGGCUGUCUUAGAACAGCACGUCUUUUGCUUAUUGAUUACCAUCAACUUUUACCGAAAGCAAACGAACUUUUGAUCUUCGAGGUGAUUUAUUUGUAUUUGAAAGCAGCGUUAAAGCGUGUGACAGGGGACUGCCAGGCUGCUGGGGAAAUUUUGAAAGAUGCUUUGUUAAAGACGGACCAAUUAUCACCCGGGAUUGUUACAGCAGCGACAUUAUCAUUUGCAGCAAUGAAUCAAGACUCUGCACUAAAUGAGGACGGUCCAUCGCCUGCCGAUCUUUCUAUAAAGGUACUUGAACACUUAAGGUAUGCACCAAGGUCUAAAAUACAGGUAGAUAUUGAACAAAAGGCGUACAUCAGUUUAGCAACAUUUCAUCUUGGGUAUCAUUUGUCAGGAAAGAUAAUCGAGAACGAUGUGAAUCAUUUAAGGCUGGAAAAAGCGACGUCUAGCAUAAUGGCGUUAAAUAAGUCGGUAUGUAGUGGUUAUUCGCUGAGUCGAUACCGUGAGGUUCAGUUCAAUUUGGUACAGUCGACCCUUUAUUAUCGGUAUGCCCAAGUUAAACCUGAAAAGAACGAAGAAUUCCUAGAAGAAGCGUUUCAAUUCUCUAAGAAAGCUCAAUAUAUUGCCAGAGCUUCUAAUUUUGAUGAAAUGGUUACAUGGGCUAAUGUUAGUGCAGCUUUGUGUACUGAAAAAUUAGUCCUUGCAAGCUUGGUGAAAAUAGAUAGGGUAAAGAAGAUAUAUGUACCGGUAAGUAAAAAGUAACAUGUUUGCUUGAUUGUAUAUGUUUUCUACACGCGGAAAAGAGUAUACAUGCCUUCAGGUACAACCAAUCUUGACAUAAAAUGGUGACCUUUAUAUAAUUUGUCUUUAUUGAUAAAAAUGUGAAACUUAAAUUCAUUUUCUAAAACUAGAAAUUUCUAAAACUAUGUCCCUUAAUAAAAUAUCUGAUGCAUAAUUCCUUUGCACACCACAAUUUAAUCUAGAUAUUUUAUGCUCAUUGCAUGUUUGCAUGGCGAUAAAAUAUUUCUUAUCACUUGUAGAAAUACUACGUAUAUUUUUAAUAAUUGCAAGGCUUUCCAUUUAUAAGCUCGGAUCUUGGUCAGUACUAAUAGCAGCCUAGAACCUAGGCCUUUACUCGACUGCCUUUGCCAGGUUUGGUUAAUUUUGGACUAACAUUUGGCAAGUAUGACAUCACAAGCAGAGUCCAGUGUUCGGAUGUAAAAAAACGAAUUACAUAGAUAAUGCGAAAGAAUUUCACAUUCCAAAAUUCCGCCUGAUACCUCGGACAUUUGAAAUAACGCGUAGAUCCGGGUUACGGUUCGAAAGCUUUUCAAUAAUAAAUAGACGUGUUGUUUCCACGAACCGAAAUAAAUAUUCUGGAUAAUUAAGCCAAAAUUGUCCUCGUUUAAGUAUUUAUAUUUUAGUUUGAAAUGAAUACAAGCGGAAUGGGUUACAAGAAAUAACACAAUUAGAAAUAUCAAAAUAGUUGUAAUCGUGGAGGUGAGAUAACAAGAUUCAAAUGAACACUGAACUCUCAAAGUGAUGCAGAGGAAAGAAUUGUGUCUUGGAUGUUUGAACUGUCUUUGUUUAUCAAGAUUGCUUCACCAGAAGCAGCCACACAAAGAGCACAUGUGGUAACAAUAAUAACAUGGUCCUUCUAAAAGUAAAAACAGAAUCUGUGAGGAAAUGUACCAAGAAUUAAUAUAACAAUCUUCUGAUCAUGAAUAUGAGAACUCAACAUUAACGUCUAAAACUACUUGAAGUAGUGUUGACAUUUACGAUUCUUAAUUAUGAGUAUUAAUUAGAUGAAUCACUAUUCGGGAUGGACCAUUCGAAAAGGAAGCGGGUUGGGUAAGAACAGAAAAAUCCACAAAUCAAAAUAUUUAAAAAUUUCCCCGCGCCCCCCCCCCCCUCCCUUCCCUUCUCUAAUGGUACGUCCCUUACAUUAAAAAAGUGUUUUAAUGACUUUUGUGAAGCAAUAUCAGAUUUUUGGUUGAUAUCAAUAAAAAUGUACUAUUGAACGAGCUGACCUCAUGUAUAAUAUCAUAUUGUGUAAUAUACACUUCCGAAAAGUACUUAGCCUUCGCUUUCGUGAGUUUGCAACUCAUCAGGUAUAUUUGUCUCCCUCUAGUUUGAUCAAUUAUCACUACCCUUAGAUACCAACCGCACAUUCUCCAUACCAGUUUAUAGUACCGGUCCAGCCUAGCCCCAGGCCUUCCCGCCCAUUCCCAGAA